GUCACACAGCUGACUGCCGGCUCGUCGGGGACAUCAGUCGAAGAGUCGUUCAAGGCAAUCUAAGCUCUUCAAUUCAGCGACUGAUUGGAUAAAGAGAGAAGAGCUCCUCGAUUUCUUGAGAGACAUUUCUGUGAGACCAUGAGACCACAGUACGAGAUCCUCCUGCGAGCCGAUGUCUUGCAGAGUCUCUCAGACUAUCGCGAUGCGUUAUUGCGUAAGUCGGCGGAAGCAGGGUCUCACUUCGGGAAGCUCUUGAAAGAAAAACAGCUAGAAGAUCUGUCGACAGAAUCGAUGCUGGAACUACUCCUUCAGACGAAAAAACCUCUUUUCUUCGCUAAAAGGAGCUUGAAGGGAGAUGGCUCGGAUUGGACGCCAGCUGAGGUUAGAAUUCUGGGGAACGUCUGCCUCGGAGUAGAGGUCACAGUCUUCGACAACGGAUGCUGGAAGCCCAAGGAUGCUGAGUUCAAAACGCACGCUGUACCGUUCACGGCCCAUCUCGUUUUCGUCCCCGGACCCCUAUUGACCGGUAGCCGCUCUCCGGACUAUACAGACCUAGUCGAGGGUGAAAGAUUGAAUUCAUCCAAAUAUUUUGAGCUCAUGAAACGACGUCUGGAGCCGGCGUUCGACUUCAUCAACUCGAAGUCCAGCCAGGAGAGGAAGGCAUUGGUGGUCAUCCCGGGUAUCGGCUGCGGUCUGUUUGGGGGUAAAUUCACCAAAGAGUUGCCGAGCAUCUUGGAGGAAACCAUAGCGAGGAUCUUGCACCAGAACCAUCAACGCUGGCUCUAUAUAAAAUGUACGACGUUCGUCCCUUUCGACGGCGAGAUGAAGAGCACUUCAAUAGGAAAGAUCUCGUAUCGCGUCCGACCUCACCUGAAACACAAGACCCCGAUGCUCUCAGAAACAAAAGAGUUCGAGGAAGGAUCGGACGACUUUUCAAAAGAUCAUCUUUUCAAACUCGUAGCUUGGGAUCAUUUCUCAUAUCCGGGAAACAACUUCUUCCGCUGCAAGCGUCAAACUGACGACGGAGUAUCGGCGGCUGCUACCGACUGCAUGGCGAGGGUCCUGGGAGUCUAUGGCCACUACGAUGGACGUGGUCGUUAUAUGCCACCUAAGCAAUAUGAGAGUUGGGAGAGCGUGGUCAAAGCAAAUCAUAUCCUGCUCGAAGUUAAGGAGAACCUCCGUAUCACACCGAAUGUCGAGUUUGGAACGACGUCCCGAAGGGAGGGGAAUUCAGUAGCGGAGAGCGACCUCAUCCCACGACGCCUAAUGUGAUAAUCCGUGGGAGCUCCCUUUUCUCUGCCCGGUGAUCUCUGGAAGGUGAUACGCACUGCGCAAUCGCCGAGAAUGCGCCUCCCUGAGAUUUCAUUGUCAAUA